AUUUAGUUCAAGUUCAAACACCAAACGUGUCGUUUAAGUAAAAUAUUUGUUUAUAUUUUUGCUUUUCUUCUUGAACUCUUUGGUUUUUCAGACUCUUGUGGAGUGUUCAAAAUGGUCUAUUUAAGUCGCCCUUGGACCCCUGCCAUGAAUCCUUUCUACAUUGGCCCUUAUCCGAGAUGCGCCGUUUGUCCGUGUGACUUUGACAUUUAUAAAGGAUAUACACCCGGUGGCUGGCAUAGUCAAUGUUAUCACAGCUAUUAAUAAUGAACCCCUGCUAAAGAAUCAAACAAGAAGUCAAGAAGAAACAGCUUUAAUAAAUGUGAAAAAUAACAAAAAUGAAAAACAA